GAUUUGGCAUGCAGACAUUAGCAGGUGCAACUUUUCAUGGUAUGAAGCUAAAUUGUUAUCACCUGCUAAUAGUUGCCGGAUCAAAGUGCUCCUUUAAAGGUUGGCAAACUCUGCUUAUCAGGGAGAUGUACUUUAGCAGAGAUAGUUGCUGGAAAAAAGGGCAAAGAGGAACACCACUUAUAGCCAGUCCUUGGAAAGGUGACAACGAGAUUGUGAACAACAUGUACGAAACCGAGGCAGACCUCCUAGCAGGCGAGAGCGGGGAGGAGGAGACCGAGGACAGCAUCAUGUCCCCCAUCCCCGUGGGGCCGCCAUCCCCUUUCCCCGCUGGAGAGGACUUCAACCCCAAGGAAGGCUCUCCGUACGAAGCUCCCGUCUACAUCCCCGAUGACAUUCCAAUCCCGCCCGACUUUGAGCUGAGGGAGUCUUCCAUUCCAGGGGCAGGGCUGGGCAUCUGGACCAAAAAGAAGAUUGAAAUUGGGGAAAGAUUCGGGCCUUACGUGACCUUCCCAAGGACGACGUUGAAAGAAGCAAACUUUGGAUGGGAGCAAAUGCUUACGGAUCCUGAGACAGCUUUGCAAGCUGGCUGCAUUAAAAAGAUUGGCGAUGACCUGGGCACUGAGAAAUUCUGCGUCGAUGCCAACCAGACAGGAAACGGGAACUGGCUGAAGUACAUCCGGGUGGCCUGCUCCAGCGAAGAACAAAACCUAGCCGUGUGUCCUGCGAAUGACCAGAUUUAUUAUAAAGUUAUUAAAGAAAUUGAACCCGGAGAAGAGCUGCUGAUGUAUAUGAAAGAAGGUACUUAUCCGACUGGGAACAUCCCACCCAGUUUGGAAGAAGUGCACACGUACCGCUGUGAGGACUGCGACGAACUCUUCCAGUCGAAGAUGGACAUGAGGCGGCACAAGAAAUACUCUUGCAAUGCCGUCAACUCCCUCUACGAGACCCUCAGUGAGGAGAUCAAGCAGGAAGGGGCUUCCGAUGGGCAGGUCCAUGAGUGCAAGGAUUGUGAGAGGAUGUUCCCAAACAAAUACAGCUUGGAGCAGCACAUGAUCAUCCACACUGAGGAACGGGAGUACAAAUGUGACCAGUGUCCGAAGGCCUUCAACUGGAAAUCAAACCUGAUUCGUCACCAGAUGUCACACGAUAGCGGCAAGCGAUUUGAAUGUGAAAACUGUGUAAAGGUGUUUACUGACCCCAGCAACCUCCAGAGGCACAUCCGUUCUCAGCACGUUGGCGCACGGGCGCACGCUUGCCCUGACUGUGGGAAAACCUUUGCCACUUCUUCCGGCUUAAAGCAGCACAAGCACAUUCACAGCACUGUCAAACCUUUCAUAUAUGCUUUAGGUGAGGUCUGCCACAAGUCCUACACGCAGUUCUCCAACCUGUGCCGCCACAAGCGCAUGCAUGCUGACUGCCGGACCCAGAUCAAGUGCAAGGACUGUGGCCAGAUGUUCAGCACCACCUCCUCACUCAACAAGCACCGGCGCUUCUGCGAGGGGAAGAACCAUUACAACCCCGGGGGGAUUUUUGGGCCAGGCUUGCCUCUCACUCCCAGCUCAAUGAUGGACAAAUCCAAGCCAUCUCCUGCCCUUAACCAUGCCAGCCUGGGGUUCAGUGAUUACUUCCCAUCCCGGCAGCACCCUGGAGCGCUCCCCUUCUCCCCCGCUCCCCCAGCGUUCCCAUCCCUCGCCCCUGGGUUCCCGGGCAUCUUCCCUCCUUCGCUGUACCCCAGGCCCCCUUUAUUACCUCCAACGCCGCUGCUGAAAAGCCCCCUCAACCACACUCAAGAUGCCAAACUUCCCAGCCCACUGGGCAACCCAGCCCUCCCUCUGAUCUCGGCCGUGAGCAACAGCGGCCACCCCGCCUCCGGGGAGGAGCGUUACAACAGCAGCAACCUGGGGAACUCCUACCUGGAGAAGCUCAAGGCCAGGACCAGCGACAUGUCAGACGCGAGCGACUUCGAGGAUGUCAACACCACCACAGGCACGGACCUGGAUACCACCACUGGGACAGGGUCUGACCUGGAGAGCGACGCAGAGAGCGACCGGGACAAAAUGAAGGAGAAGAGCAAGCCGUCCGAGAGCAAGCCGGAUUUCAGCAGCGGCACAGUGCCCACCAGUUCCGCCAACAACAUGAGCGAUCUCCCCCUCUUCUACUCGCAGCAUUCCUUCUUCCCUCCCCCCGAAGAGCAGCUCCUCCCCAUGGCAGGAGCAGCCAACGACUCCAUCAAGGCUAUUGCCUCCAUCGCGGAGAAGUACUUUGGGCCCGGCUUCAUGGGGAUGCAGGAGAAGAAGAUGGGCUCCCUCCCGUACCAUUCCAUGUUCCCGUUCCAGUUCCUCCCCAACUUCCCCCAUUCGCUGUACCCUUUUACGGACCGCACCCUCAACCACAGCUUGCUGGUCAAGGCAGAACCAAAGUCGCCCAGGGACCUUCACAAACUGGGCAGCACCAGCUCCGAGUCGCCCUUCGACCUUACCACAAAGCCAAAAGAAAUAAAGCCAGCCUUGCCGCCCCCCAAAGUCCCACCAGCUCACCCGUCUGGGGAGGAGCAGCCGCUCGAUCUCAGCAUCGGCAACCGCAUCCGGGCCAGUCAGAAUGGGAGCCGGGACUCCCGGAGGAACCACGUGUACGGAGAAAGGAAGUUGUUGGCCAGUGAAGUAUUACCCAAGAUCUCUCAGGCUCAGAUGCCGCCACAGCCAUCACUGCAUUACGCCAAGCCGUCUCCCUUUUUCAUGGACCCCAUAUACAGCAGGGUGGAGAAGCGGAAGGUAGUAGAUUCAGUGGGCGCAUUGAAGGAGAAGUAUCUGAGACCAUCCCCGCUGCUUUUUCAUCCCCAGAUGUCGGCAAUAGAGACCAUGACGGAGAAACUGGAGAGCUUUGCAGCCAUGAAGGCGGAUGCCGGCGCUUCCUUGCAGCCCCUCCCGCACCACCCUUUCAACUUCCGGUCGCCGCCCCCAACGCUGUCCGACCCCAUUUUGCGCAAGGGCAAAGAACGCUAUACCUGCAGGUACUGUGGUAAAAUAUUCCCACGUUCAGCAAAUCUGACGAGACAUCUGCGGACACACACAGGAGAGCAACCUUACAGAUGUAAAUAUUGCGACCGGUCCUUCAGCAUUUCAUCCAACCUCCAGCGCCACGUCCGAAACAUCCACAACAAGGAGAAGCCAUUCAAGUGCCACCUUUGUAAUCGUUGCUUCGGCCAGCAGACCAAUCUCGACCGACACCUGAAAAAGCACGAACACGAGAGUGUGCCAGUGAGCCAGCACACGGGCGUCAUCACGAACCACCUGGGGACCAACGCCUCCUCGCCGACCUCAGAAUCAGACAACCAUGCACUUUUAGACGAGAAGGAAGACUCGUAUUUCUCCGAAAUCAGAAACUUUAUUGCAAAUAGCGAGAUGAACCAAUCGUCGGGCUUAGCAGAUAAAAGGCCUGAAAUCCAGAAUGCUGAUGGCAACUCCCAGUGCCAUGGCCUCGCAAAUGACAAAACGGAGGAUGUCAACGAGGAGGAGGAAGAACUGGAAGAGGAAGACGAUGACAGCCUGACGGGGAAGUCGCAGGACGAGACGGCGUCGCCGACGACAGAGCCGCAAGGAGGGUAUGAGGAUGAGGAAGAUGAAGAGGCCACGUCCCUUACCAUGAGUUUUGACCGCACCCGAAGGUGUGUUGAGGAGGACGAAGCCGGCCUGUUAGAUUUGGAGCAGUUACCGCAGUUUGGGAAGGGGCUGGAUCUACGCAAGGCGUCCGAGGAAGCUUUUGAAGUUAAAGAUGUGUAUAACCCCACCUUAGACUCUGAGGCAAUAAAACAGACUCUGUACAGGCAGGCUAAAAAUCAGGCUUAUGCAAUGAUGUUGUCCCUUUCUGAGAACACUCCCCUCCAUCCUUCUUCCCAGAACUCUCUGGAUGCUUGGUUGAACAUGGCAGGUGCUGCUUCUGAGCCAGGGGGCUUCAGCGCCAUCGGUCACCUCUGAGAGGCUGGAGAAGAAGGCGCCCGGCCCGAGAUCCCAAGCAAGAAGGCCGAGGUGCCACGUGUCUCCCCUCUCAGACCUUCUGGUCAGCAGCGGAGGACUGGACAGGAAGCCCUCGGGGCUCACCCACCCACCACCGGGAGAAGGAACCCACCACGGACAGCUCGUUCCCUGUUUCGUCGGACCUAGGAAACCACCACCGCAGCAGCUCCGGGGGCCUGCCAUCUCUCUGACGCAUAGUACAUCCCAGGAGCAAAAGCUUCUUCCUGCAUUGGGCUGGGGGGGGGGGAGUACCAGGUGCAUUUGUCGUUAGCAAAUCCAAUCGUGCCCCACCCUCUCAUGUUACAGACCGUGUUGCUGAGCCAGCGAAAACCUCCUUGUAAACACCCUCACCCUACCCCACAUGAAAUCCUUUGACCCUCGUAUCCACUUCUGCUAAGAAGAAGAAAACGACGUUCUAGGUCAGGUCCAAUUCCAAUGAAGUCAGUGGAGUUCUGCUGAGAUUAGGACUUCUGUUGAGUUUCGUUUGCUUCCUUCCCCCUCUUU